UCACGCUUGUCUGAACGCUGCUAAGGUUCUCACAGUGGAUAGACAUCAGAAAGGUGGUGGCAGGUGAUAAGAGGAUGUUCUAGACACGUCACUUCUGCUCAGGUUAGGUCACCAAGGAUGUAUCAUGCUACCAAAUCCCGUCCUUGUUCUGCUUUCCAUAUUCGCAAUGAUGACAGGCAUUCAGCCAAGACAAAUUCUCAUCCCAGCCUCCAUGCUAUUCGUUGCCCUGCAUGCCUCACUGAUGUUCAUCCACUUCCGUGCUACCCGAGAUCUAUAUCUCAAAUAGGACGAGUAAGGGGACAGAGAACAUGAUAGACACACUCCUGGCUGCAAGUCGCCGUCUCGCCCUCAGGUACGUACUUGCACACAUCAUCGUGUUCACAGUCGUCCAUGCAGUUCUUCCACUCAGUAGUUUCUUUCUUGUACCAGGCGCCAUCGACUUUCUUCUCGCAUACGUCCUAUUGAAAUUAGUUUCUGGUUUGGACACUAAAGACUACUGGAACAGGGCUAUGGCAACUUACUUUCUCGCAGUGUUCAAGGCGGUAGAUAUCGCACUUCUUGCAGAUAAUGGAUUCUUUCCUACCGCCGCCGCCGCCGGCGAGGACGAGGGUAGAGGCGGCUGCCAUGAUGAGGAGGGAGAGCUUCAUGCUUGGGAGUGGAUUGAUGGGGAUUGAGUUAUUGUGGUUGAUGGAAGUGGUUUCGUGGUGAGGUGGAGGUUGAGUGUGUUGAACGUUGAUUGUUGUUGGGGAAGAGAAGAGAGAGGUAGGGUGAGGGGGAUUAUAUACUUGUGUCGAGCAGGGAGAAGCAGAGCUCUAGGUAGACAGGUGCGUAACGCACGGUGAGUGAGCGGUAACGUGCGUUGAGUGAGCGGUGGUCACUUCGCAAUUGCUGCAAAAUUGAGAGUCAAGA